AGUGGGAUUUUAACAUCUUUAUUUAAAGCAUAAAGUUAAUCGAUCGCUUCUGUAUAAAUAUGUGUGCGUCAUUAUCACCAGGCAAUGGAAACAGGACAGUACAAGUAUAAACUCUAAUUGCGCAUUACGCACUUUUACAAGCUGAAAAGCCCCGUUUGAAUCGGGAGCGCCCUGCUUAUCCACACCCUGCGCUCUCACUACAGUGCUGGGAACAGGUGGACUUUACUCUGCUUUUAUGGCCGUUCCUGCGUGUUUUCUCCGUUGCUGGGAAAGUGAUCGAGUGAUGUGCUGAAAUGUACACACAAGGAAGACAAGAGCCGAAUUAAUUCGUUACAGUGAGGAAGAACACGACACUGCAACCAGAUCAUUGAAGCUCACCUUGAAGGAUGUAUCAAGGCCAGUCCCACUCAGAGGACACUGGAGGAUAUUCCCAGUCCAAUGGGUACAGUGCAGGUGGUCCAGUGGCACAGAGGUCCGGCAGCAUCUCCCGACCCAGUGCCAAGACCAUAUACCAGCAGAGGAAGGAGUAUGCUGAGACCAUGUUGAAACAGCCAGACUUUUUCCAGUACAGAGUGGAGCACCUGUUCACUUGCGGGCUUGACCAGAAGGAGGUGCGGAGCGUGGACGACUGCAUCGCCAGGCUCAAGCUGCUGGACGCCAAGGGCAGGGUGUGGGGUCAGGACAUGAUCCUGCAGGUCAAGGACGGCAGCCUGCAGUUGACCGACAUUGAGACCAAGGAGGAGCUGGAGUCCUUCUCUCUGGACAGUGUGCAGGAGUGCACGGCCGUGCUGCAGAGCUGCGUCUACAACUCCAUCCUGACAGUGACGGUGCGAGAGCGCAGCAGGAGGGGCCACAGCGUCUUCCUGUUCCAGUGCGAGGAGAUCGGGGCUGAGCACAUUCAGAGCGACAUGGAGAAGCUGCUCCAGGAGAAGAGAGACAGCCAAGGAGACCAGGACAACAUCAGGAACAAUCUCGAGAGCAUAUUAGCCCAGCCAGCGCCAGGGAGCUUUCACGGCAAACCUCCGCCUCCCUCGCAGCCUGAGGACAGGUGGUCCGGCCUGGAUCAGUCCACCCCUCCCUGGGACGGCCCAGAAUAUGACGAGUUCCCUGACUUUGACCAACACCGCCCCAGGGAGGAGGAGAGGAAUCAGGAGGAGCCUGCAGUCAGCAUGGCUGAGUCCCACAGGAAUAUGGAGAUCCUCAAUCACGUGCUGAGCGAUCUGGAGCUCUUCACCCUGCAGCUGAACGAAGGUGUGGCGGCUCAGAGUACCGGCAAGAAGAGCAAGAAGAAAAGCAAGAAAGACAAAGGCACUGCAGGGUUACCGCCACUGCAAGAGUUUGCCUCCUGUCUCCAGAAAAUGAAAUACGGAUUCAACCUGCUGGGUAAGCUGGACGGUCAAAUCCAAAACCCCAGUGCAAGCGAUCUGGUCCACGUGCUCUUCACAGCACUAAACUUUCUUUGUGUGCUCUUGCCCCUCCAGAUCACGUCACACUGCCCCAAGCCCGACCUUCCUCCCUCCAUUCUCAGCCCCUUGCUGAUCCAUCCAGCCCUCGAGCUGCUGGAGAACAAUGUCACUCCCGACGAGCACCGUCUCUGGAAGGCCUUGGGGGACGCCUGGAACCUGCCCAGAGCACUCUGGCCGGACGGAGACUCGAUCCCGCCCUACGUUCCAGAGUUUUCCGAUGGGUGGGAGCCCCCUGUUCCAGAAGCGACACGGAACCUGGAACGCGAUCGCAGAGACCGUCAGAGCCAGAGAAGCAGCCAUCGGCACAGGUCCUUCCCUGAGCAGCAACCAAAUUCUGAACCGUGGCGCUUCCCACCUGUCCGCGCUGACGAGCAGCCUCACUUUAUGCGGGUGAUGUACAACUUCAUGGCCAGAAACAGCCAGGAGCUGAGCAUCAUGAAGGGAGAAAUACUGCUGGUGCUGGAUAAGAGUAAGAAGUGGUUCAGGGCGCGCAACGUCCGAGAAGAGGAGGGCUUCGUUCCCAACAACGUGCUGGAGCCUGUGGAGGAGGAGGACCAAGAGCAGAACGUCUACCAGGACCUGCCCCCGCACCUGAACAGGAAAUCCAGACCCGAGGAGGUAACAGCGUGGCUUCAGUACAAGGGCUUCUCCAAAAUUACCGUGCGUUGCCUGGGAGUGCUCAGCGGAUCCUUGCUCCUGGGGAUGACCCGUGACGAGAUCAAGACUGUCUGUCCAGAAGAGGGCGGUAGAGUGUUCUUCCAGCUGCAGGCUGUCAAGUCCUCCCUGGCGCUCGCCAGUGAAAACUAUGGUCAAUAAAAGCAGAGCCGCCAGCCAAACCCCCCCCCCCCCCCUGAAGAGAACCAAGAGGUGAGUGACAGCGAGCUGGAGAAACAGCCACCCCCCCUCCUCCACACAGUGAAAGAAGCAGAACUCGGAACACACAGAAUCGGAAUACCCAGGAACUCCAGGGCAGACAAAAGAACCGGACUUUCACCCUGCCCAGCUCCACUGCAAAAGAAAUCAGAAUCUACAUAAAGAUAUUUAAACAGAC